AUGAAGGAUUGCUCUAAAAAAAAACAAGACAAUGAUAGUGGUAGUAUAUCAGACGGUUCCAAUUCAGGAAGCGGUCCAACAAAAGAUUCUAAAAAGCUACAGUUUUCUUCUAAAAUUGUACAACCAGAGCCGAGAGCCCCAGAACGACAGCCCCGUAGGCCUUCAAUUGCGGCAACUAGGGAGAUUCAUUCCGGUAUAAAUCAGCUGCCUAAAAAGGAAGACAUAAAACUUAAAGAUCUGGAUUCGAAGGCUCCAUUACUGGAUGCAAAAACGAAACCCAAUGUUGGUAAAUGGUUUCCUUCCAUUCGAGAAGAAGACGGUGGAUCUACUCCGUUAGGAGUGAAAACCAGGAAGACUGCCAAACACCAAAUCCGCCAAGAGUCAACGAUCGACAUCCCUGGUCUGACCGUGUCAAGGAAAGCUGAAAAUGAAUUGAACUGCGGAUCCUACGGUAUUAGAGAGAAGCUGGUAAUUGUGCUUGUAGGGAUUCCCGCGACAGGAAAGUCAUAUAUCGGCUCCAAACUCGUUCGUUAUUAUAAUUGGCUUAGGUAUAAUUGUCGAUUUUUCAGCGUUGGUGAUAAACGUCGUGAAGAAGGAGCCAGUAAAUAUUCCAUGUCUGCUCCAUUCUUCGAUAUAGAAAACGAAAAACUGAAAAGUUUUCGUGAAUAUCUGGCUAUGGAAACUCUUGAAAACUUAUUGCAUUGGUUGUUGAACGAAAAUGGAGUUAUCGGUGUAUUGGAUGCCACCAACUCUACGUAUCAAAGAAGAAAAUUAAUAUAUGAUCGAGUUAGCCAAGAAGAAAACCUGGGUAUAAUGUUCUUGGAAAGCAUGUGUACUGAGGAACAGAUCUUUCAACAAAACAUGGUUUUAAAAGCUAGGGGACCUGAUUAUGAAGGGUUUGAAUCCGAAGAAGCCUUAGCAGACUUGAAGAAACGUGUUGAUUUGUAUAGGAAAUAUUACGAGCCGAUUGAUGAACGAGAAGAAGCUCUUCCCUUUUUGCAAUAUGUUAAAGUCAUCAACGUAGGAAUCAAAGUCAUUACCCAUAACAUUGAAGGGUUUUUAACUGGCCAAGCUGUCUAUUUUAUGCUUAAUUUGAACAUCAGAAAGCGUCAAAUAUGGCUUACUCGACCUGGACAAUCUAAUGAUACGAUUGCAGGAAGAGUAGGAGGAGAUGCUCCCUUAACGGAUCUGGGUGUGCAAUAUGCUGAGGAUCUGGCAAAAUUUAUCGAUCGACAACGUGUGUUAUGGCAAUUACGGGAAACGACUGAGAGAUUGAAUUCUGAAAAACCAACUUUUGAAGCAGAAGCAUUUAAUAUUUGGUCUUCGGUUCGUCAACGUGCUAUCGAAACAACGCAGUUUUUUAAUCCAGGUGUAUACGAUGUCAAAAAAAUGCGAAUGUUGAAUGAUCUAAAUUUUGGCUCCCGCGAAGGGCUAACGAUGAAAGAAUUUGCCGAAAAGUAUCCUGAGGAAUACCAAGUGAUUCAACGGAGAGAUGUUUCUUACCGUUUCUCUGGACUUGGCGGAGAAAGCUACCUGGAUGUUGUUCAUCGCUUACAACCGAUCAUUGUUGAGUUGGAAAGGUGCUCUGGAAAUGUUUUAGUCAUUGCACAUCGAGUGGUGUCAAAUAUUUUAAUGACCUAUUUUCUUAAUUAUAGUCCAGAGGAAAUUAUUGAUGUAGGACUUCCUCUACACACCCUAUAUUGUAUUGAAUCCGAUCGUUACUCAACUGUCUGUAAAUUUUUUAAUUAUGAUCCCGAACAGCGGAGUUUUGUGAGAGUUUCUGAAUAA